AUGUCUCCCUCCGCAGCCAACCCCGACACUCGCACCAGCGACCCCACCACCCCUGCCAACCCCGCUCAUGAAGAGCAUCAGUAUCUCAACCUCAUCCGCACCAUCCUCACCGAGGGCGAGCAUCGACCCGACCGCACCGGCACCGGCACCCGCUCAAUCUUCGGCCAGCAACUACGCUUCUCCCUCUCCAAGCCCGGCGCCACCCCGACCAGCGACCCGGUCCCCAUUCUGCCCCUCCUCACCACCAAGCGCGUGUUCCUGCGCGGCGUGGUCGCCGAACUCCUCUGGUUCAUCUCCGGCUGCACCUCGUCCCUCCCGCUGUCCGAGAAGGGCAUCAAGAUCUGGGACGGCAACGGCAGCCGCGAGUUCCUCGACAAGGUCGGCCUCGAACACCGCGAGGUCGGCGACCUCGGCCCCGUCUACGGCUUCCAGUGGCGCCACUUCGGCGCGCCCUACGUCGACGCGAACACCGACUACACGGGCCAGGGCGUCGACCAGCUCGCCGACGUCGUGCACAAGCUGAAACACAACCCCUACGACCGCCGCAUCAUCAUGUCCGCCUGGAACCCCGCCGACCUGAAGCUCAUGGCCCUACCCCCGUGCCACAUGUUCGCCCAGUUCUACGUCUCGUUCCCCAACGGCCCCGGCUCCAAGGGCCACCUCUCCUGCCUGAUGUAUCAGCGCUCCGUCGACUCCGCGCUGGGUCUGCCCUUCAACAUCGCCUCAUAUGCCCUGCUCACGCAUAUGCUGGCGCACGCGGCGGAUCUGCACCCGGGCACCUUCACUCACUCCAUGGGUGACACCCAUGUGUACCUGGACCACGUCGAGCCGCUGCAGGAGCAGUUGACGCGCGAGCCGACGGAGUUCCCGGAGUUGAAGAUCAAGCGCGAGGAUCGUGGCAGUGGCGUUGUCGAUGGGUGGAAGGAGGAUGACUUUGAGGUGAUCGGUUACAAGCCUCAUAAGGCGAUUAAGAUGCAGAUGAGUGUUUAG